AUGCGACCGGCUCUGACUCGAUUAUUGAAGAGGCCAUCCGCGCUCUCGAUUAUCGACACCAUCGCCGCUUUGCCAAUCGGAAUUGAGCAGCUGGAUUGCCGAUACACGCGCCUUCGAUGUUAUUCACAAUGCCCCAAAAAGUUACCUUUGACCGAUGACAGUGAUUGCGAUUCGUCUAAGUCGCACCAAACGAGACCUCUGUGGCAAUCCAAACACAAGAAGAAACCACAUAGCUUUUCUGUUUACGACAUCGAACCUUCUCACGACCAUCACUCCCCCGAACCCUCUCUAAUUGCAAACCGAUUGGCUUUAUCCAACGCAGCAGAUGGUUCGAUCAAACAACUUCUACUAGAUCCAGAAAGGCUGGAAUUUGAAUCGGACAUUGGCCACACGAAUAACUUGGGAACACGAUUAGUGGACCUUCCGGAACACAGGGAUAAUUUCGAACUUUGGGAGGAACUCCUUAGGUUUCGACAACGUCAUUACGGCGAAAAUGGCACCCAAGUCAUCUGGGAGGGCAUGACAAAUCGAGUCGGCGGAGUGCAAUUGCCCCUCACAGGAGAACGUGCAGACUUCUUUUGGCAAAGCUUCAUUGACCUGGGCUUGAAACGAGAGAUCUUCCUGGAACAUAUCUUGAACUACGCCAUAACGAUCCGUCAAGAAAACAAUGAUCAAUGCUGGCCACUACUCUAUGAGCAUGUUGUAGGAGGUCUAUUGGAACGAGGCAUGGAUAAAAAGGCCAUUGAAUGGCACGGGAAACUCCAAGCCUCGGGGAUAGCUAGCCCCGAAAAUCUCGCACAGGUUUUACCGUACAUAAUUUCACCACCCAUACUCGCGCAUAACAACGAUAUGAUUCUUUUGGCUGGCGUUCGUCCCACCCCGCGGGCGAAGUUAGCCCCUCUACGACUUAAGACCUUGAAGGAGCUAUGUCGAGCCACAGAUCACCAGGUUUAUGGCCUAGUUGUGGAAAAGCUACUUGAGCAAGGUCAUGGAGAACAUGCAUUGGCAAUGCACGAAUGGCUAGUUGCUCGCGAAGAUCAUCCAAGCUCAUUAAAAGAACUCGACUCUCUGUUGCAGUACACAAGGGACUACGGGCUACGAAGGGAAUAUGAUAACCUCCGGCAAUAUUCUCAAAGUCGAUUCUCAUCGCCAUUCCGUGCCGAGGAUAUGUUACAUGAGAUACUCGAGGGAAAAGAGUCUGACCAGCAAAACACAAAGAUCAACUUCUCAGGCAAGCGUCAAUACAAAGAUGAUAUCGCAGCGAGACUAUUUGCGACCCGUGCUUUGAAUCUCGAUAUGGUGAUUGGCGGGCUAAGAAUUCUUGGUGUCUCAAAGAUCGGCCCACGCACCUUGCGUGAAAUGGCCGUGAGAGUUCAAGAUAGUCAGGAAAUGCUUUCCAAUCUCAAAACCCUCCGCAAGUCUGGCAUAUCACUCGCAGACAGCGUUUUCACCCGUCUAGUGCCAAAACUAGCAGCACAGAACCGCGAGUUCCUUCUUUCCGACUUAUUACAAAGUGAUCAGCACCCAGACGUAUUGGAAGAUGCAAAGCUGCAAGAGUCUCUACUGGUGUCAUACUACAUGGCUCGCGAUUGGCGCCAAUACAAUGUCUCAUUAGCUAUUCUAGCCGAACAUUACCCGGAUAUCCCUAACUUGUUCGACAUACACUUCCGCAAACAUCUGGCCGCCGGAGAGCUUAAUGCAGCCUCCAAAGUGGUGGACGAGCUCACCUUACAUGGCAAGACUUUGAGUGAAGACAGCGUGGAUUUCAUGGCCGAGAAGCUUUUACCCAAUCGUCGCAUGCACCAUAAACCACAGCAAACCCCCGGACAAUACGAACGCGAUGCCCUGAUGUUCGUAUUCAAAGUCUUGAAACGCGUUGUUCCCACCGGAUGCUAUGUUAGCGCCGCUUUCUGGGAGGAACUUUUGAAGCGUUGGGGAAUGGGAAACUACUGGAAUGAACUGCGUGAAUGCUCGCUCUGGCUCGCCCGCCAGUAUAUCCAACGACCAGAAGAAACCGAGAAGCUACGAGGGAUCUUUCCAUCGCAACGUAUAUCUCCUGUCAGAUCCGAUAGUCGGAUGCUUACUCUUAUUUUCAGUGGCAAGAUGCAACAGGCCAUCGUCUCCUGGGGGUUUAUGUUUCGUGUGACCCGUGAGACUGAGAAGAAAAAUGCCGUUCAUCACCCAAAAACCGGCGAGAAGCUCAUACCCUGGACUCGGGGUCUGCUGCUUCUUCGUGAACUCGAGCAAGCUGGCCUUGCUCUUCACACUGGUCCCAUCCGAUCUAUAACUCGUGUUCGCUUAAAUCUGCUGUUUGGAUCAUAUUCCCAUUCCGCCGUGCGCUUUAACCGCAUGUUGCGACGAGUCAAUCCCUACAGUCUCAACCGCGUCAUGGCGGAUAUAAACAGCGCUUGGGGUGAGACCCUAUUUGAAGGUCGGGAAUAUUUGCGUUCUGAAGAGUUAGUGAAUCCUUCACGCUCGGCGAGGUCUUGGAGAAACUCAGUCAAGGUUGUCCUAUCACGCAGACGGGCUCGGUGA